AUGCGAGCAACGGAACUCCACACGGAUCCCGCUUUAACGCUUGCAGUCAGGUGCUGCUACGUACGAGAAGCCCAUCCCACGCAAGAGUGGCCAAAAUCUCCAAGAGUGACUUGCCUUUUCGGCAUCAAGCCGAGAUCUGACUGGCCGAAAGUCCGGACCCAACAGCCAAUCACAACCCACUAUGCGCCAAAUGGCGUUUGCCAAUGGCGCAUCCAGAACGCGUCAGAAUUUUCAGAGUUAUAA